UCUCUUAACAAUAAAUCUGCCGUGUGGUUUUUGAAUUGUUUGAGAAAUCAAAAGCAAUGGGUAGUGCUAACCAGGUGUUCAACAUUUGUGCUCCAAUCACAAAUGAACAGCAAUCUGUAUCUGUUGAGCAGAUUGUGAAUAACAUGAAUCACGCAAAGGCAGAAGGUGCUGAUACAGUAGAGGUUAGGCUGGACUGCAUCACCAGCUUUCACCCUCUCCUUCACCUCAAAAUCAUCCUUCAAAAUAAGCCACUACCCGUGCUUAUUGCUAACAGGAAAAAAUGGGAUGGUAGUUUAUCCAAAGGCGAUGACAGCAUGCUACUGGAAGCAUUGCAAUUAGCUCUGGAAUUGGGAGCUGAUUUCAUAGAGGUUGAGCUGAAGGAAGCUUCUUGUCUUCCUACCUUGAUGGAACAUAAGAGAAAUCAUAACAGUCAUGGAAAAAUAAUCGUUUCUUGUUAUGUGGAUGACAUCACCCCUCCGCAAGAAGAACUCCUUCAACUUGUUGCACGCAUGCAAGCAACUGGAUCAGAUAUCAUCAAACUUGUUACACAUGCAGCUGAUAUAACAGAACUUACAAGAAUAUUUAGCUUGUUUCCUCAUUGUCAGAAUCUGCAGGUACCAUUGAUUGCUUACUCUGUUGGAGAAAGAGGACUUAUAAGCCAGCUUCUAUGUCCAAAAUUUGGUGGGUUCUUUGUAUAUGGAUCAUUGGCAGGAAAUCCAAUCCCUGGUAUCCCUUCUCUUGAUAGUCUCAAGGAAGCCUAUAAAUUGGAGGGUGUCAAUGAAGAUACUAAAGUUUUUGGGCUCAUCUCAAAACCAGUUAGCCACAGCAAAGGUCCUAUAUUGCAUAAUCCUUCCUUCAGACAUGUAAACUACAAUGGAAUCUAUGUCCCCAUGUUUGUUGACGAUCUUAAAGAGUUCUUUAGCACCUAUUCAAGCCCUGAUUUUUCAGGUUUUAGUGUUGGGAUUCCAUAUAAGGAAGAAGUUCUAAGGUUUUGUGAUGAAGUCCAUCCGCUUGCUCAGUCUAUAGGAGCUGUUAAUACUAUCAUAAGAAGACCAGGAGAUGGGAAGCUUGUUGGUUACAAUACAGAUUGUGAGGCUGCAAUUACUGCAAUUGAGGAUGCACUCAUUGAACAUGGUUGCAAUGAUGGUGGAGCAUCUUUAGGUUCAGCCCUUGCUGGUCGAUUGUUUGUGGUAGUUGGUGCGGGAGGUGCAGGGAAAGCACUUGCAUUUGGUGCUAAAAGCAGAGGAGCUCGUCUAGUAAUAUUUGACAUUGAUUUUGACAGAGCAAAAUCUCUUGCCUGUGCUGUAUCUGGUGAGGCUCAGCCUUACAAAGAGUUGGUGAACUUUGAGCCAGAGAAAGGGGCAAUUCUUGCAAAUGCAACACCUAUAGGAAUGCAUCCAAAUACUGACAGAAUUCCGGUGGCAGAGUCAACUUUGGAACAUUACUUGUUAGUGUUUGAUGCUGUAUAUACACCAAGAAGAACAAGAUUAUUGAAGGAAGCAGAUGCUGCAGGAGCAAAAACUGUGGGUGGGGUAGAAAUGUUCCUAAGGCAGGCUAUUGGUCAGUUUAAUCUUUUCACGGGCUUAGAAGCUCCUAUAGAAUUUAUGCGAGAAAUUGUUUUAUCCAAGUUUUGAAGAUGUUUCUUCAAUAAAAUGCUACGACUUGGUGGAGGCUUCUCAUUUCUCUAAGAAUUCCCUGCAUUGUUUCUUUCUUCAUAAAAGAAAAAAAAAACAUUUUUUUUUGUAAGAAAAGUAUACAAAAGGUGUGAUAAAUUAAUGUAUUUUAAUUUUUAGUCGUUUUUCUGAGUUUAAUAAAAAGGAAGUAAAAUAUUUAUGA